AGGAAAGCAGGACAAGAGUCCUACUUUUAUUAACGUAAGGGUAGCUAAAUGACACCAUAUAGUUGUGUCUGAAAUAAUUUGAGAAGAACUUUGAGAAAUUAUUCCCAUAUUACUGUGUAUAGAAUUUUCAAGGGACCCCUGCUGACGUUACAGACAUGUGGGGUGAGAUCGAACCUCAUCCCACGUGCAGUUCUGUUGGCUUUGACAAGCCAGUCUGCAAGACAGAGUGUCUCUCUCACGCGUCUGGAUCGGAGCCUACAAGUUCUGAUUCUACAGAUGAUAACGAGCAACACGGGUGCAAUGAGACCGAGUGCCCCAGCGAUCUGGCCGCGAUGAUUGAGGCUGUGGCCGUGAGCAGGAGCCCGGUGAAAAGCCAGCAGAUGGGGGAGCCGGACCUGACGGUGGAGGAGAGGAGGAAGGUCCUUCUGGAGCAGUACAGGGCCAAGCCCUUGGUCUUCCUGGAGCGCUACCAGGCACACCUUAGGCCUGAGCACCUUGGGGCCUUCGCCCACCUGAGCGCGGACUGCAGGGCCCAGUACUACACCGAGCAGGUGCGGACGAGAGCGUCCAAUCAGGGGAACAGGACCCGGGUCCGGAACCAGCGCUAUGCCGCCCUUAGGGCGUUGCAGCAGGAGGGUCAGUAUUUCAGUGAAGAGCAGAUGCGAGUGCGGGAACCCCUGCUGUACGAACAAUACAUCGGCCAGUACCUGAGCGAGGAGGAGCUGAGCAGGCGCUCAGAGGCGGCCCUGGAGGGCGGCGUCAGCGGGCUGGCCGACCUGCUGAUGAACUCCUACCAGGAGAGGCUGAUCCAGAACGCGGUGCGAAAACAGCAGGACAUUGAGGAUGGAGCCGAGGAGGAGACGGAGGAAGACGACGAGGGCUGUGAGGAAAAGGAGGAGCAGUGGGAGCCCAGCGCAGAAGAAAAGGCCCUUCUGAGGGAGGAGUUUGUCAGUCAAAUGCAUCAGCGCUUCCUGGAUGGAAAAGACAAGGACUUCGAUUACAGCGAGGUGGAUGAGAACCCAGAUUACGACAAUCUAGACAUUGUGAAUCGUGAUGCAGAAGAACGUUACUUUGAUGAUGAUGAUGAUGAUGAUGAUGAUGAUGAUGAGGAGGAGGAGGAAGAAGAAGAGGCAAAUCAAGAAGAGGAAGACGUGGAGAUGCAGUAGCACUCACAGAAAUUUUCUUUAUGCCCCCCCGCCCC